CUUGCAGUUGUUUUUGCUUUUGCAGGUGUUUUUACUGCUCAAAAAUACCUAGAAAAACAUUCUGACGGUGAGCGGGGUCGCCUCUCCACAGAUCUGAAACUUCACUUCAGGAACCAGCUCCUUGGAUCCUGAUGUUUGUCCAUAAUCUUUUGAAACCUCGCCGUAGAUUAGUUAAAGAUGUUGUUUCUGAAGAAAGCACAGGUGACGGCACGACAACACUGCCACUAAAUGUCCUGUUGCUAGGUGAACGUCAGAGUGGGCGGAGCUCUGUGGGAAACGCUCUAAUUGGUGGCGCUGUUUUCCACACCGGCCCCAGUUUUGGUGGAGUUUCUGUUACCUCACAUCCACAGCGCGUCUGCCGGAUUUUCCCGCGGUACUUCCGACGAAAUGGGGCGGAGUCACACCUGUUGUUACGGGUGUUAGACAUGCCUCCUGCUCAGCCCCGCCCACAGGAAGUACAUGCGCUCUGUCCCGAGGGCGUGCACGUGAUUGUGAUGGUGGUGAGGGCAGAUCUGAUCAGUGAGGAAACACAAGUGGAGAGGGACGCGGAGAGCCUUUUUGGUCCAGACUGGUUUAAACACUCACUGCUCGUCCUCACUCACGCUGACCGACUGAAGGAGGCAGGGAUCGAUCCGUCACUAUUCCUCACGCAGGCCGCUGAUUGGCUCAGAGCUCUGGCUGAUAGAGCGGUGGGCGGGGUUUUGUUUGUAGACAGCGGCUCCGAUUGGCCAUCACUCACAGGAGAACCAAUCAGAGAGAGAGUUCUGAGUCUGUCUGCGAGAAAUCACCAUCAGACGCUCCCUGUGAUUGGACUAGACACGGAAGAUGGGAUUUAGCCUUAAUAACGUCAUGUAUUUUGAUUUAUAUUUUUGGAUUGGACAUCGAAUCUGUCUAUCUAUCUAUGUAUAUAUUAGAGUUCCUGCAGUUGUGUUCAGUGUUGCCAGAUUGGGUUUAAUAAUUUCCACCCAAUCACGUUUGAAAACCUGCCCUCAAAAAAACGCCCAACAACGUUUUGUCACAGAAAACCCAUCAUUGUUGGGCUUUUGAAAAACAUUGCCAGGAUUGAGAAAACAUGUUCUGUAAAACCUUUGGUAAACUGUAGCACAGCGUUUCCAUUAUGCAUAAAAAUGAAUAUCAUCAAUGGUCGGCUAUAUCCUCGGCUACUGCAAGAACAAAUACAAACACAGAGCCUCAAACUCAUACAUCAAAUAACUGAAUCUGUGCAUCAGCUGCUGGGGAAGUCUCAACCAUAGACUGUAUACGUCUAUGGUCUGAACAUAGCAAUCGUCUGUUCAUUUGUGCACAGACCAGAGCACACCUCCAUAAGACUGGACAAGAAUAAAAGUCCCAUAUGGUUCCUUGUGUUAUUGUGUUAUUGCAUAUCGUGUUGAUUGGUGUGAAAACAAAAAAUGCCCAAACUUGUUGAAAAUAGCUCAGAUAUUAUUUGCCUGUCUAAGGCUUCCCCUCCCCGACCAACAUAGUCAAAAGAAGCCCAUUUGGAUGGGUACCCACCCAGUCUGGCAACACUAGUUGUGUUUUAUUU